AAGUGACAGCUAAACGUAAACAUAGAAAAUAUUGUUGUCGAUUCUUAGAAAAUUUUCAAAUAUUUUAGCAUUUAUGUGCAAAAGUUAAUACAAUCUUCGUUGGUUCGCAGCGGAAACCAACGAUGGCGGAGUUUCAGGGCAGUUUCCUGUCGUUCAUAAACAGUGACCCAACAGAAAAGAAAAGCGUCCGCAAACCGGUACCGGAACCGAAGCUACCACCCGCGGUGAUUGAUUUGGAGGAAGACUCGGAUGGCGAGUCGGAGGAGGCUGAAGGGGCUGUAAAUCCUGAAGUUAUUCAGCAGGGUGAGGGGGAGGAGCAGGUUAUCGAAGCUGGGCUUUACGAGGUGGUCGAAGAGGAGAACAUUGAAGAUUCCGCGGUGAUGGCAUCGGUGAAAAAAGUUUUGGAAACUCGGGAGGAGAUGUUCAACCGGUUGGAGUCGGAGCUGGAACAGCUGACGCAGGCCUGUCAGGACGAUUUUCUGUUUCAGAUUACGGAUGAAGAGUACGACGGGCUGUUCAAGCACAAGGACGCUUACCUGUCCGAGUUGUGCCAGCAGGUGCGGCGUUGGUGCUGCAAGAAUCUGCAGGUGUACCGGGUGUGUCUCGAGUGCGGUUUUAAAGCGAUUUCCGGGAAGGAAAUGCGGGAUCAUUUGAGGGGCAGUGGGGUGUGCAAAUCGCAUUAUUACGCGCUUGGAACCUGUGAACUUCCGGUAAAUGUUAUGCACUGUCGGGAGUGUAGUUAUGCGACGAAUUUUAAUUUUAAUAUGAGACGUCACCAGCAGACCAAGGGCCACGCGGGAAUCGAUAAGCUUACGGAGGCUGGGCAAUUGGAGGCGGUAGUGGAGCCACAGCAAGAGGUGGUGGUGCAGGUUCAGGCGAGUGAAACCGAGGCAGGUCCGGCACCGAGUUGCUCAACUGGGCAGGGCGAUGCCUUGAAUGAGAUUUCUAUGUGGCCAAAGGACGACGACUCGGGUGGACUGAUUUCGAACCUGCAGUCCCGGCUUGAGCAGCAGGUUGAAAACAGUGACGAUCAUUUCAUUUUUCGGAUAUCGCACGAAGAGUACAUUGCGCUGAGCGAACGCAGAGCCUAUCACAUGGCCAAGUUCGGCGAGCUGGUCAACAUUUAUUGCAACAAAACGCUAAAACUUUAUCAAGUCUGUGACGGAUGUGGAUUUGCGACGUUCUUAAGAAAGGACAUGAUUAAGCACUUUGAAACGGGAACGUGCAUUCUGAGCUAUUUCAACGCGCUGGGCACGUGUGACGAUGACGAUCCCAACAAAGAUGCUGUGGAAGAAGAUUCAACCCAACUCGCCCCAAUCGAGAAUCAAUUUCAAAUAACCGAAGUUGAAACCACGGCGAUCGAAACGGAACCAACCGAAAUCGAACCGGCCGGCGUUGAUCGCUAUUUACAGCCCAAAAUCCCAAAAACCGAACUUAUCUUCCAAUGUCCUCACUGCAGCCGGGAAAUGUGCGUCAGAAACAAGCCCCGCCACCUCAAGCUGCACUGUCCGGUUCUGUUGGGAAAGUCCGCAACCGAAAAGCACCCAAUCCCGGACAACCAUCACUGUCCGAAAUGUACGAGGGCCUUCCAAACCAUAAUCCGACUCAACCACCACAUCCGGACCGUUCACAACGAGCAAAACCGCUUUCAGCACGAGUGCGGAGCCUGCCAGCGCCAGUUCAAGUUUGAUCACCUGUUGGUUAACCACCAGCGCAAGGGUUGUAACGGAGCGAACAAAACUAAAAAACCCGUUGUCGUUGUGAAGAAGAAGCCGGCGGCGCCGCCACCGCCGCCGAAGGAGAAGCCGAACGUUGUUCGGGGGCAUUUUUCGCCGGUGCCACUUCAGUGCAAGGAUUGUAUGAUUUUCUUUGUUUCGAUGGCGGAUUUGUACCGGCAUCAGAAGAGCUUCUGCAAGGCGGCACCGCUGGAGACGGUCAUUAAGGUGGAGCCGACCCAUUUGGGGGGAGGGUUGGGGCAGGGUUGAGGGAACGAUUUGAAUUGUAAUUAUAAGUGUAAUAAAGCGUAAGUGUAAGUGCAAAA